UCGAGCAAGGCUAAUGCCGAUGCUUUGAACAAGAAAAGAUCCAUAUCAGCCAUCGAACCAGCCACGAACUGUCGGGUUGGCCGUAAAAUUGACGUGAUUUACAGCGCAAACAGAAAAGAAGUGGGGUGUGUCGAGAUUGGAAAGAACGAAGAUCAGACCAAAGAGAUGAAGGACAGCUUGACCAAAAUGCUGUUAAUCAUGCAUGAUAUGUUGAGCCAAGUGGCAUAUUCACAAAAAUCAUUGCAUCAAGUUCAAAUCCUCGGCUUCGUCAUCAACGGUCAGUGA